AUGGUUCUGGCGUUGAUUCCACAUGUGCUAGUAGCCAUUUUCUUUUUGGCGGCUUUCCUACCUGUAAUCCCAGUCAAAUAUCGAAGCCGAAGCCAAAUUACUGCUCAUAUUACUCUUGGACUCUUAUAUCUGUUCUGCUCCUCCUACUUUCUGGGUGUCACGGUAAACGGCGAGUUCAAUGUACUCCAUAAGUUCUUACAAGCGUACCAAGGAGCCUUUCACAUUGGAAUCGCAUAUUUUCUCUGGGCAAUUGAAAGUGAACAGGCAAAACCUGAACAACCUCUACAGUUUGCCAGGCUAAUGGCUUCAUUCUUCUGUUUAUUCACUCAGCUCUUCGCUGCUUGGAACUUCAGUAACAAGUCAACUCGUGGACUUCUAAUUACAGAUAAUUUCAUCGUAUGUGCGUCACUCAUCGAAGGAGUGUGGUUUUUCUCAGAAGUAAUUCGAUUCUUCUUGAACAGGAGAACACCACAAGAGGAAGUUGAUGCCAUGGUCAAGCGAUCGACCUUGUGGCUAGAGGGCAAAGGUAACUUCUACUUGGAAAAUGCACUCUAUAUUGAUGGUGGCUUGUCUCUGUUAAUGACUCUGUUACAUUUCGCUUUCCCCCAGCAUAUCCUGAAGAUGGUGAUUAAGCCCGAAUAUUCUAUCGACUCCCAUCACAUUCUCUGGUGUCGUUUGUUCGGUUGUUCAUCCCUCAUCCCAGCUCUGAGCUCAAUCCAAGCCCGCUACUUCUCACCAAACACUCAAAUAACUUACAUUGCUAGCAGAUUAAUUACACAAGUCGUUGUUUUCCUACUCAAUAUCUUCGGGCACUGGGUUUUGGGAAUUUAUUCUCCUAACCACAUAACCGCCUUCAUGAUCAGUGGAUUCUACAUGUCUUUCCUCUUCUCUGCUUUCUACAGAACAAAAAAUAAUUAUGACGACAAGAAUUACGAGAACCAAGUUAAAACAACUACACGAAUCGAGACCAGGACAGUUAAAACCAAAAGCACUUGA